AUGACACAAGAGUCUGCCGCGGUGUUCAUCCAGGCCUGGUGGCGCGGGACGCUGGUGCGCCGCACGCUACUGCACGCGGCCCUCAGAGCGUGGACCGUUCAGUGCUGGUGGAGGCAGACGCUGGCGAGGCUGCUGACGCAGCGGCUGCGGGGAGCGCUGGAGUUCUACGCACGGGGAGAAUGGGCAGCUGUCAGGCUGCAGUCCUGGGUCCGCAUGUGGCGCAUCCGCCAGCGUUAUUGUCGUUUGCUCAACGCUACCCGCAUCAUCCAGAUCUAUUGGCGCUGGCAUAAUAGCCAUUCCCGUGGAUUUAUUCAGGGUCACUAUGAACUCAAAGAAAACCAACUGGGUAUUCAACUUGAAAUUUCUCUGGGCUCACAGGCUUGUAAGGUGCAACAAUGCAUACCUCUUCCAAUUAAAGAAUGA